GUGCAUGCGAAGGAACUGCGCCUGAAAAAGUAGUGAUGGAAACGGCAAACAACCGUCGCAAUGCCCGCGGCCCUCCACCAGAGAAGCGCGGCAGCGGCAUGAUGCCCACGAUCACAGAUAUCGAGGACCCGAGCGCCCUGUACUCCCUGGACUCGUGUCAGAAAAUUGUCCAAGAAGUCGGAGUGCCUCCCCGACGAGCCUGGCAAGGCGGCUACCAACCUGACGACAGCGACACAGGCAUCGGAGCGUGUGGGUGGAUACUGACGCUGCUGUCGUGGAUCAUCGUGCUCGCCACGAUGCCAUUUUCAUUCUUCGUGUGCUUCAAGGUGGUGCAGGAGUACGAAAGAGCUGUUAUAUUCCGGUUGGGAAGAUUGCUGCACGGCGGCUCCAAAGGACCAGGGAUCUUCUUCAUAUUGCCUUGUAUUGAGACAUACUCCAAAGUGGACCUCCGCACGAGCGUGUUCGACGUUCCUCCUCAAGAGGUCCUGACCAAAGACUCAGUGACGGUGAGCGUGGACGCCGUUGUUUAUUACCGCGUUAACAACGCGACGGUUAGCGUGGCUAACGUUGAGAACGCUCACCACUCGACGCGGCUGCUGGCACAGACAACGCUCAGGAACAUGCUCGGCACCAAGGCCUUGCAUGAGAUCCUUGGCGACAGAGAGUCUAUCUCCAACGACAUGCAGAAUAUCCUGGACGAGCCUACGGACCAUUGGGGCAUCAAGGUUGAGAGAGUCGAGCUCAAAGACGUGCGGCUGCCCGUGCAGUUGCAGAGAGCCAUGGCCGCUGAAGCCGAGGCUGCGAGAGAGGCCCGAGCCAAGGUGAUAGCUGCUGAGGGCGAGCAGAAGGCAUCCAGGUCUCUCAAAGACGCCGCAGACGUCCUCAGCCUGCAGCCCUCGGCCAUACAGCUGCGCUAUCUGCAGACUCUCAGCACGAUCUCCGCUGAGAAGAACUCGACCAUCAUCUUCCCUCUGCCAAUCGAUAUCAUCCAACACUUCCUUCAGGACUUCGACACUGAUGGGAACUGAGAUACAGGAAUGCAUCAAUGAAGAUCAGGGAUUGGUUGAUACUACUACGAAAACGAAAGAUACAGAAAAACCUGUAUGAAACAAAUAAUGGAAAGAGAAUUUAAAUUCUGUUCACUUUUAAAGCUAUUUUAUGGCUAUUUUUAAUCACUGUAUAAUUUGUAAAAAAUUAUAUUUAAUCAAUUUAUUAUAUACCCAAUGUGCCGCUUUGAAAAUUGAUGCAUUAUUCGUCAGUCUGCUGAAAUUUGUAUAAGGUACCACGACAAGAUUACUGGAAUUAAGGUCAAUGAUAUUACAUUCACACGUUUGAUAUUACCCUAACAACCAACGUAAAUCUUGAAGCCAAAACCGAGUUACCUUGUCAACCACACCUCAUUCCUCCACUCGAAACCAUUACUUCUUUUCAAAACCGUCCCCAUUCAAGAUAAUGUUGGCCGGUAGCUACCGGGAAAAUAGUAACCUCUCCACACUUUAACAAAACUCGCAUCAACAGAAUGAACCUUGACGCUAAACGAUUAUAUAUAUUGAUCGCGUCCCGACUUGAAUUACAUGACUUGCACUACCUAUUCACAACCGCCUGGGUUGAAAUGAUCUGACGACACUUGGACCUUCACUACUAAAUGUGGCUGCAUGUCACUUAUAUCACGACAAUUUCCAUGCCACUUGUAGCAGACGGAUUCUUACAACCGAGAAAAUUUGCAACUUUACAUGUCUGAAUGUUUUUCACCGCACUGAAAUUUUGACAUCACUCGUUGCGGCUAGCGCUAAACACUGAAAAUAAUAGACGAAUGGUUGGUUAAAAGUACUGGUCCGUGUCAAUUGAAGCCAUUUUUAUGCAGCAUAUGAUUUAAAUGAUAAAGAAAUGUAACUGCCGAUGCAACUAACCUAAUGAGUGGCAUGCUGUCCUCUACCUACGCCUGCCCUCCCCUUCUGUGUACAGAUUUAUAAUCCUGUUGAAUUCUGGAAAAAUUGUACAUUCUUAACAGCAAUUUGUCUGCUGCAUAUAAAAGCGAGAUAUAAACCAUGAGCUUGCGUUAUAAGGGUGUACAGAUAACAUGCUGCUUCUAAGGUUGCUGCCAGAUGUUUAUAAAUGAAAUUAGUAACCGUUUAGUCAUAAGUCAUAGCGUUAUCAACGGAAAGACAGCUAUUUUAUACGCUCACUGUUGUCCAUACGAAGAGUAGUCGUUGUUAUUGUAUUUAAUGGAGAUUUUAGCGCUGCGUCACAGAUCAUCUUUUUAAGAAGAGUAUGUAUAUUUAUUAACUAAUGCUAUUAGUUUCAUAAC